UCGUUUAGCUGCUUGAUAGAGAGGCGAAACAGUGUUUUAUUCUAGAAACGGCGACUUCUGUAAUAAUGUAUUCAGUGUAGUUACAGAUUAAAUUAAACAAACACAAAAUGUCCGGUGGGGGUAAAAAGGGAAGCGCGAUAUUAUCUGGUUUCAGGGCACUGGGACUUUACUCAAACCAUUUAGCACACGUGGUGCGUUUUCAUAAGAGACACCGGGAGUUCUAUGUGGUGACAGCAGUUGGACAGUGUUUCCACACAUACAAUGUUAAGAAACUAGGAAUUGUUGCUGUCAGCAAUGCUCUUUCUACAGACAUUACGUGCAUUGCUGCUGACCGAAUGCUUGUCUAUGCUGCAAAUGGACAAGUUAUCUCAGCUUUUGCAAAGAAUCGUGAGGUUGUCAACACGUAUGAAGGCCACCAAGCUGACGUCAAUCUUCUGCUGCCAUUUGGAGACCAUUUCAUAUCAGUGGACAAGGAAAAUAAUGUUAUUAUCUGGGAUGUUGAGUCACAAGACAUAUACCUGCAGAUUUCAUUUGAUAAAACAUCAUUUGAAGUUAGAGCUGUUAUGCAUCCAAGUACCUACCUAAAUAAAAUACUGUUUGGAAGCAGCCAAGGGACUCUUCAGUUAUGGAAUGUCAAAUCCAACAAACUUUUGUUCACAUUUCCUGGAUGGGGAUCAGCAGUCACUGUUCUUCAGCAGACUCCAGCUGUGGAUGUAGUUGGUAUAGGCUUGGCUUCGGGAAAGAUCAUUGUCCACAACAUCAAAUUUAAUGAAACUCUGAUGACGUUUCAACAAGAUUGGGGUCCAAUCACUGCCUUAUCUUUCAGAACAGAUGGUCAUUCAAUUAUGGCUGCUGGAAGUCCUGUUGGGCACAUAGGAUUAUGGGAUUUAGAGGAAAAGAAGCUGGUGGGUCAGAUGAGAGAUGCACAUACCACAGCUAUUGCUGGACUCACCUUUCUCUAUGGAGAGCCACUUCUUUUAACUAAUGGAGCUGAUAAUGCCAUUCGGGUAUGGAUUUUUGAUGCAGCAGAAGGCGAAGGACGUCUUUUAAGAUUUCGCAUGGGACACAGUGCACCACCUACCAAUAUCAAGCACUAUGACCAGAGUGGGCAAAACAUUCUCAGUGCUGGCCAAGAUGGAUCACUUCAGUCCUUUUCUACUGUACAUGAACGGUUCAAUAAGAGUUUGGGGCACGGGUCUUUUACCAAGAAGAAAGCCAGAAAGAAAGGGGUGAUGUAUGACACAGCAAAACUUCCACCCAUCACCACUUUUGCUUCAGAAAGUGCUCGUCAAAGUGACUGGGAUGGCAUAGUAGCAUGUCACCAAGGUUUUCUACUUACCACAACCUGGAACUAUCAGAAAGGCUCUAUGGGGGCUCACAAGAUGGAACCAGAGCGUUUUAACAAGAACCGGGCUCUCAAUGUUCAUGCCACAGCUGUGGAAAUCACUUCUUGUGGUAACUUUGCAGUGAUUGCCCUGUCUUCUGGACACAUAGAUGUGUACAACAUGCAGUCAGGUCUUCACAGAGGACAUUAUGGAGAAGACAAAGCGCACUCUGGAGCAGUACGUGGUGUUGCUGUUGAUGUACUUAACCAGCUGAUGGUCAGUGCUGGAGCUGAUAAGCUGCUGAAAGUCUGGAGGUUCAAAUCCAAAGAACUUUUACACACAAUCAGCCUUCCAGCAUUACCUGCUUCCAUGCUGUUGCACAGAGAAAGUGGGAUGCUUGCCAUUGCUCUUGAUGACUUCACAGUCAGUAUAUUGGACAUGGAAACAAAGAGGAUUGUACGCCAGUUUUGUGGCCAGCGUGGUCAGAUUAAUGAUAUGACUUUCAGCCCAGAUGGACGAUGGCUGAUUUUAGCCUCAAUGGACUGCACCAUCAGGACAUGGGACCUUCCCUCUGGCAGUUUGGUUGACUGUUUCUUGGUAGACUCAGCAGCAGUCAGCAUCAGCUUUUCACCAACAGGAAACGUCCUUGCCUCCUCCCAUGUUGACAGUCUGGGUAUUUAUUUAUGGUCCAACAACGCAUUGUGUAGUUUGGUUUCAUUGCGCCCUCUACCUGCAGACUAUGAACCUACUGUUAUCAUGCUACCUGGCACUUGCCCAAGCAAAGAUGAUGAAGAGGAGGACUUAAUAUCAGAAAGUUUAGAAAUGGACGAGUAUGUGUCUCCAGCACAGCUGGAUGAAAAGCUGGUCACACUCUCUCUGCUGCCUGAUUCCCGCUGGAAAAACCUUUUACAUCUGGACAUUAUUAAGAAAAAGAACAAGCCAAAAGAAGCCCCCAAAGUGCCAGGAGCAGCCCCUUUUUUCAUCCCUACCAUUCCAGGGCUGGUACCUCAGUUCGCGCUACCUGAUAAGUGUUCAGGAGAACAGUCAAAGGUGGUCAACUUUGGAGUUCUGACCCAAAGGUCUAGUUUCUACCUACAGCUUGAAGAGGCACUAGACAAUAAUCUUUAUGAGGGCCCACUGAAGCACCUGAAGGAGUUGGGUCCUUCUGCUAUUGACACAGAGCUGCGUUCAUUGGCACCAGAUAUGGGUGGAGAUAUUCAUGUAAUGCAAAGUUUCCUCAGGAUGAUUGGCACCAUGCUGCAGUUGAAGCAAGAUUUUGACCUGGCUCAGGCCUACUUAGCACUCUUCCUCAAACUUCACCUUGGAUUAAUUGCAAAGCAGCCUCUCCUGAAGGAGGAGACAGAAAAAGUGCUUGACCUGUUAGAUGAGAGAUGGACUUCAGUCCAGACACUUAUGAAACAAAGCAUGUGCCUUCUAUCCUACAUCAAGAGUGCUCUGCUGUAGGAAGUCCACAUGCACCCUUGCCCUGGAUUAUUUUUUUAAUGUUUUUUUUUUCUAUUGUUAAAUAAUAUUUUGUGCAAGUGUAUUAGAUUUUUGUUGCAUAUGCUUGUAAUAAAAAAAUACAUUGUACAA